UGAUAAGCGGUUGAAGACACACGAGAGACCAGUCCGACCAGUCCGACCAGUCCAGAUCAAACAUGGCAGCCGAUCUGACAGCGGCGACACUGGAGGAAAGUGAGGAAGUUUAUUCAUCAGAUUUUGGGUUGCUUCAGGAUCACGUUGGGACUAUCCCGAAGAGACAUGCCCGGGUUACCGUCAAGUACAACCGGAAGGAGCUGCAGAGGCGGCUGGACGUGGAGAAGUGGAUCGACGAGUGCCUGGACCGGCUGUACUCGGGUCAGGAAGGUGAUAUGCCAGAGGAGGUGAACAUUGAUGACUUGCUUGACCUGCCUAAUGAUGAGGAGAGAGUCAAAAAGUUACAGGAGCUUCUUCAAAAGUGCAGUAGCAGCACAGAGAGCUUCAUCAGAGAGCUGCUGGUGAAGCUGGAGGGCGUUCACAAGCAGGACGAGCUGCAGAGCGAAGGCAUCGAGCAUCCGGUGAUCGUCCACAGCCACUACCGCCAUGAGCCCUACCACUUUAACAACCCCCGGCAACAGCAGCCCUCCCACCACACCCGAGGCCAGAACCAGAACCUCUGACGAC